UUGAAAGUAAAAAAAAAUCCCAAGUUCCCUGCUAUCUCUACUCCCCAAAUCCCCCAAAUGCAUAUGCUCCACUUCAACCCUAGCUCCCUCUUCUUCCCGUCAAAACCCACUUCCUUAACUCCUCUCUCGCCGGCCGGUCCCACUUCUCUCCGCUGCUUUGCAGUCGGAGGCGACGUCCCCGCCGGGCCAGACUUCCCCAGGUGGUUCCCCUUCAUUUCUUCUUCUUCUGCUGCCUCUGCUGAUGCCGCCGGCAUCCGGAUUGGUAAAGACUCCGACGGCGGCGGAGGAGGAGUUGGUUACGGCUCCGGUGGAGUGGACGGCGGCUUGUCCCAGAGGCGGGGCAACGGCGGCGUGAGUGGAAGCAGGUUGAACGCGAGGGAGAAGAAAUGGUCGAGGAAUAGAGAUAGCUACUUGGUGGAUGAUGAGGAUGUGCUCCCUCUCCCCAUGUCUUAUCCCAAUACUAAACCCGUCACUCCAGAGGAGAUUGAUAAGCGAUUGAGAUGUGACACUGAAAUUGAGGCAAGUGAAGUUCCAAGAACAUGUAAAGCUGAGAACUUUUAUGUUUUAAGGCAUAAUAGGGUCAAUGGGGUGUCAAUGGAUUGCAGGGAAGUGGUUUAUGAAUGGACUGGAAAGUGCAGGAGUUGCCAAGGGUCAGGGGAUGUCAGUUAUUUUAACAAGAGAGGGAAGGAGGUUAUCUGCAAAUGCGUGCCUUGCCAAGGGAUCGGAUAUGUGCAGAAGAUUACUGCUCGGAAGGACAUUGAAGUAAUGGAGAACUUGGACAACGGAAAGCCACCAUGA